CACAACAACAACAUGGUGUUAGAUUUGGCUAAGAAAACCUUUUUCCUUGUAACUGGUGCUUCCCGUGGCAUUGGCAAAUGUAUGGCCAUUGAGGUGGCCAAAAAACUCCAAGCUGGCUCCGUAAUUGUUUUAAUGGCACGCAAUCAAGUGGCUUUGGAAAAAACCAAAACAGAAAUUGAAUCUGUGCGGCAUGACGUCACAGUGCUAGUAUAUUCCGUGGAUUUGGGUAAAGCCAAGGUCGAGCAUUUCCAAGAACUGUUAAGUGAUUCCCUAAAGAAAUCCAACACCAGUAGCUGUGAUUUUGAAAAAGCUUUUAUUAUACACAAUGCCGGUACUGUGGGGGAUGUUUCGAAAGCUGCCAAAGAUGUCACCGAUACCGAUGUUUGGUCGGAUUACUAUCACACAAAUGUAUUUUCCACAAUUGCCCUGAAUGGGGAGUUUUUUAAAGUAUUCGCCCAAAUACCGAAAUUAGUCAUCAACAUAACAUCGUUGUGUGGCAUUGAACCCUUCGCCUCGAUGAGUUACUAUUGUUCGGGCAAGGCGGCAAGGGAAAUGUAUUUCAAGGUAUUGGCGGUGGAAGAACAAAACACCGAUACAUUGGUACUCAACUAUGCUCCUGGACCUAUUGAUACGGAUAUGACCAUUGUCAUUCAAAAGGAAACAAUUAAUAAGGAUCUGCAGGAGGCAUUUAAAAGUCAACGUGACAGUAAAACGAUGCUAACCACCGAACAGACCACAAAGAAAUUCAUUCACAUAUUGGAAGAAGUUGAAUUCAAAUCUGGUGCACAUAUUGACUAUUUUGAUUAG